GCGGGGGCGGUUGUAGAGGCGGCAACCACGGCGGGUUUCUGUUCCGGUGAUCUUUCAGGGCUAUUGCAUAGUAUCGGACAAAAGCAGAAGUGCCCAUUUUGCGGAAUUUUGAAACUAUUGUCAGCAUUGGUAAAUUUUUUUUUUCACAUCCAAGGUAGACAAUGAGUGUUGCGUCAUCGGACCAAGACACUAGAGAGCGGCCGAAGAAGACGGCGUAUAGAGCGGUGACACGGUUGCCGAAGACACGGACGAAGACUGGGUGCUUCACGUGCCGGAAAAGAAAGAAGAAGUGCGAUGAAAAAGGCCCAGUAUGUCUCGGGUGUUCACGUAACUUCCUGAAAUGCGUGUGGCCGUCGUAUGCGACGGAAACGCUGCCGAAGAACUUCACGAUUUCGUCGUGCACGGUGGACGACUUCGAGAGCGGCGUUCCGGCUGUUGCAAGCCGGCAGGCAGAAAUGGAGACAGGGAUCACGGCAGCGGAGACGGCGUCGCCCACGUCACUAGGCGACGACGGCCCUUUUGACGAGGACAUUCCGAAUAUCCCAUCGAGCUUGUGUUCGGUGAUGGAGGUGCGGUCGUACAAACACAAGGUCUUCUACCCGCACACAACGACGAUCCCGGAGUCGAUCGAUUUUGUCAUCGAGUCGAUCUCGGGCAGCGGUAGACACAGACGCCGCACCGCCUCUGGCGUCAGUGCCUGCGAGUCGGACUCUACCAGCUCGAGCUCGCAGUUUGUGCCAUCGUUGGACGACAUCGGUGUCGACCACCACGCAAUCUCCCAGAUGUUCAGCUCGCUCUACUCGAAGUCCGUGGACAGCGAUCUUCCGAUCAGCUCGUCGGACUCGGACGAGAACUUCUAUGAAGGGUUGCUCAACUACAGCUCGAAGGCGAACAUCCCGGCGGUGUCUAUCAAAAACCCUGUUAUUGCGGCCUUCCGUGAGAUUUUCUUUGCUCGUGGCUGUUCCUACUUGGCCAAGAGCAACUUGGAUGAAAACCCGGAAGUGUCGGAGAAGUACACUGCUGCUGCGAACAGACACUACGACAAUUCCGUCGUGAUCAUGUCGAACCACGCGGUCUCCUAUGGCGCCAAAACGAAAACCUCCACAGGGGUCGAGCAUUGGAUGGUUUUCUCGAUGAGGACGCUGUGCAUGGCCGACAGACUCAUGGGCUUGAUAUCGGAAAACUGCAUCUCGAACUUGAUAUCCGUCGAGGGCAGGAUAUCGUCUGUGGAGGCCAACUCCACACUUGACGGGCUUACGGAUUGCGCAGCGAGGAACUUCGACAAGGUUUUAUUUUCAGAGGUGUUGUUCUGCUACCCGUUCUUGAUCUACUUUUCCAAAUUCGACUCGUUGCUAGAGAUCGUGCCUCCGGUGAAGCUAUUCCAGAACUACAACGAGGAGAUGGUUGCCAUUUUCUUGGACAGCAGCAGCCAGCCAGCGCCAAACUUGGAAGUCAACGAGGGCUCGUCCGGCUGGCUGAGAAACGUGUUGAAUACUGCCGUGAUCAAUGUUCUUCAGAACUUGACCAAGAUGAUGUGGCUACUACGUAUGAGAAACUCGCUAGAGACAGACCAGCUAAACACGAGUCUCAAGCAUCUCAAGACGGACAUCUCGUUGAUCUGGACGACGAUCCAGACUGCCGAAAUCCAGCUGGACAAGGAGGACCCGUUUGUCGACUUCGCCAAGCUUUCGCACAUGUCGUCGGAGAUCUUGUUUCUUGCCGUCAGCGACACCCCAAUCAACGCCUCGAGCCCGAUCAUCGGGUUCUACCUUGACCAGUUCAUGGCCAGCUACGAGUCCUACCUGAAAAACUCCAAUACCCAUGGCGAUACGAUCGCCAAAUGCUUUUUUGUGCUACCUCUCUUUGUUGCCGCAUGUGCUGCGCAAACCCUAUACCAGAAAGAGUUCAUCAGCAAGGAGCUGUACAUUCUUUCGCGUGAUCUCGGCCACGACUUUGUCGAGCAGUUGAUGCUGUCGGUCGAGGAUGCGUGGUGUGCUGAACAGAACGGAGAUGCCACGACGUUCAGCAAGCUUGUUUCCCGAGACGGGUUUGCGAGCUUGGCAAGGGUUUAAUAGAGAGCUCCGUGGCCAUCUGCUUUUUUGCUUUUCCCUUUUCCCUUUUCCUGCUCCACACGCAGAUCCUUUCAUUUCUCUAGGUGUAUACUAGCAUUUUCGAUUUUCUACUUUUUUGGGAGAGAUGCAAUGUCUCUGAACACUUAAUAUAUUUGCUUCCGGGGUUUCCCU